CCCUAAUCCCCCAUGCCCCUCCCUUCCUUUGCCCAUAAUAAAUGCUUCCCCUCUCCCUCCCCAAUGAUUCUCAUAAACCACACUCCACGCUUUCAAAAUGCCCCAGAAAGCAGUUGUUUACACGGCUUCCAAACAGCUAUCUCUCGUGUCCGACCGCCCUCUACCAAAGCUUCGGGAUGACUACAUUCUGAUCAAAACGGUGAGCGUAGCACUGAACCCCACCGAUUGGAAGCAUGUUGAGUGGGGCUUCGGAGUCACUGGAAGUCUCGCCGGAUGUGACUAUUCUGGGAUUGUUGAGGAAAUAGGCAAGGAUGUCAAGAAACCUUUCCGCAAAGGUGAUCGAAUCUGUGGCGUUACCCAUGGCGCGAAUAUGCUGGAGCCCGAAGACGGCGCCUUCGCUGAGUAUAUCGUUGCGAAGGGCGAUCUCCAGAUGCACAUACCCGACACGCUGAGCUUCCAAGAGGCAGCCACCUUGGGUGUUGGCAUUACCACGGUUGGCCAAGGCCUCUACCAGAGUCUGAAAUUAGCCUUGCCAACUGAGCCCAUUUCCCAGCCGGAACCGGUGUUGAUUUAUGGCGGCUCUACUGCCACUGGCUCUCUGGCUAUCCAGUAUGCCAAGCUUUCGGGCUACCAUGUCAUCACUACCUGCUCGCCCCACAACUUCGACUUUGUCAAGAAGCUCGGCGCAGAUGCUGUGUAUGACUAUCGCGAUCCCAAUUCCGCCGCUGCCAUCCGCGAGGCUACCAAUGAUAAUUUGAGACUAGCCUUUGACACUAUCUCUCUCGAUGAUAGUGCGAGGUUCUGCGACAAUGCUCUUUCAACCAAGGGUGGCGAGUACAGUAAUUUGCUGGACAGCAAAAUCGAGCGUGAGAAUGUCAACGAUCGCGCUACUCUGGGCUACACUAUUAUUGGAGAGCCACUUCAGUUCGGUGACCUCAAAAUUCCUGCGAUACCCGAAGACAGAGAAUUCGCCGAGAUGUUCUGGAAACUCUCCGAGCCCUUGAUUGCACAGGGUAAGGUCAAGAUACACCCGGUUAAGGUUUGCACCGAUGGUUUAAAGGGUGUGCUGGAGGGAAUACAAUUGCUGAAGGAGAACAAGGUUAGCGGGCAGAAGUUGGUUUAUAAUGUGGCUGAAACCCCUUGAUCUUAAACCUGGGAAGCUCUUUACUGGGGUUUCGAAGCCCGUUUUUGUUUGCUACUAUCUAUUUCAUGAUGUCCACGAAAUAGUCAUCAUGACACAGAGCCAUCACUCGAACUGUCUGCGUCAGCUCAGUAAUACUAUGCUCAUAUUUUCGAAGAAUAUAUUAACAUCACUCUUCCCAUUAACAGUGAAGUCACAAUGUCAUUCAUAACAAUUUCGGGGGUUGAAUGGUAAAAAGUGAAAAUGCUAGCGUGCGGUAUAAGUUUCAAUGAACGGAGGAAAAGCUCCGGAGAAUGUUUGGCCUCUCUUCACUACACGGAUAUAGUAUUACUUCACCGUUUCUUUGUUCUUUGAAGUCCUUUGUGAAACUCUGAGACUUUUUGUAUGAGCUUGUCUAUAACAAGGCCCUCAUCUGGUUAGUGAUCGCUUUUGAAUUGGUACUAUACUCAGCUAGCUAUCACUCGCUUGGGUGUUUUAC